AUGAAUUUUUCUCGUUUAAUUAAAAAUUGCUCGAUUCCAUCGAGAUGGUUGUUGGCAAAUAACAUCAGGUAUCAAUCAUCAAGUGCAGCACAGAAUUUAAUUCAGGUUGAUAUCAAUGAGGAAACUGGAGUCUCUGUUGUUUCUCUUAAUCGUAAGCCAGUUAACAGUUUGUCCUUGGAAUUGUUUAAAGACUUCUGUGGUGUUAUGGACGAUCUGGAACGUGAAAAAGUCCGUGGAAUGGUGUUGAAAAGUUCAUGUGAUAAUGUAUUCUCAAGCGGCUUAGAUAUCACAGAAUUAUAUCCAAAUCCGAGUGAGGAACGCUUUGAAGCAUUCUGGUUGUGGUUCCAAGAGAGUUGGCUCAAAUUGUAUGCAUCAUCAUUCCCAACUGUUGCUUUUGUCAAUGGUCAUGCGCCAGCUGGAGGUUGUGUAUUUGCAAUAUCAUGUGAAUAUCGUCUUAUGUUGCCUUACUAUAAAAUUGGAUUAAAUGAAGCACCUGUUGGCAUAGUCGCUACAGAAUGGGUCAUGAAUUCAUUAAGAGCUGUUUUGCCGGGAAAAAAUGCUGAACGCUUAUUAACUUCAGGAAGAUUAUUGGAUACUCAGGAAGCAUUUGACAUUGGACUUAUCGAUCAAAUCGUAAACAAUGAAGAAGAGGCAAUGGCAAGAAGUGAAGAGUUCUUCGCUACAUUUGAUAAUGUUCCAAAAUUAGCGCGUGCCUUAACGAAGCAAGUUUAUCGUAAAAAUGACUUGAAUCAGUUGAUUAAAAAUCGUUCGUCUGAUGCCAAACAAUUUCUCAAUCACAUUUUGCGUCCUGAAACUCAGAAAAUUAUUGGAAGUUACUUCAAGAGUCUUAAAGAUCGCAAAAAAGAUUAAAUGUUUUAAGUUUUUACAGUUUCUAUAAAAUAUUUUUUUAA